AUGAUAUGGCAGAAUUCUAUUAAUAAUUAUAUGACUAAUGUUUAUCAUAAUGAUUACAUAACGUAUCUAUCUAGUUAUACAGCAAGAGGAUCACGUUGGACGGAGGACCAGGCAAAGUCUAUCAUUAUAGCCGAUGAAAUUUCGACUUUAAUUAAUAGCUGUUAUCAAUUAAGAGAGCUGUAUAUAGGCGAAGAAAUAAUGCAUGUAUUUGCAUCACCUAAAGUAAUCCAAAUUAUCUUUAGUCAACAAAACAGAUUGAAUACAAUCGACUUGACUGGAUUUUGUGAUAGGAACUGUACACAAACGAUAGCAGAUUUCUUUAAGCCAAAAACAAAAAAAAGAAAACUAGUAGUGGUAGAGAAAUUAGCAAUUGAAGAACUAGAUAAUGAUGAGUUAGAAGAUGCAGUAAAUGAUCACUGGUCAAUUCCAAGAGAGCUUGAAAAUAUUUCAUUUUAUAUGUGUAUGGCUCUUUCACAAGAACAUUUCUUUAUACCCUUUUUUAAAAAGCUGUCUACUGUUGAUCAAGAACUUAGGAAGCUAGACCUAGCAUAUACCCAAAUAACAAGUGAGCUCUUCUUGCAUCUUAAAAAUAUGACCAAGUUGACGCAUUUAAACUUACAAGGAUGUCAUUCACUUUCCUGCUGCUCCCCUUUAAUAUGUUUCUUACAAAACAACUGCAGAGAGCUAAAAGAACUGAACAUCAACAUGGACUUUAAUGGUAUCGGUGGUUCUCAAUUUUGUAGUAAAUGUAUUUCAAAGAUAAUCAGAUUUGGAUUACAUACAACUCAGUCCUUAGAUAUGAGUGGCCAUACCCAUCUAGACGAUUCAAUAUUAAAUCAAAUAUUAAUAACUGCAGAGCAACAGGACCAUUAUUUUACAAAUUUAAGAUAUUUCUCGAUUGCUUAUUGUCAGAACAUUAGUUUAAGAACUUUAAAGCGAUUUUUAGUUCGUUUGCCUAAUGUAGUUUACCUAAACUUGGCGCACACUCCUCUUACUACUGAUGCUAACUAUUUAACUUAUGUAUUAAAGAUAAUAUCGAGUAUUACUGAGAAAAUUAGGGUUAUUGAAUUUAGUCCAUUUUCAUCAAGGAAAUACCCUAUUCAAAUAGAAAAUUGGAGGCUUAUUAACCAAGGCAGAAGAACAUAUUAUGCACUGGAAGAUAUUGGCUCUCCUUUUUUUCAUUCUAGGAAAAUAAUCCUGUCUAAUGAUAAAACUUUAUCACCCAUGAAUAAAUAUUGGAGUUAUUCUUAUUAA